AGCAGAGGGAAGCCGCGGUUGACCGAUAAUAACCUCCACUGUACGGCGCCGGCGGAAUCUAUAUAAGGCGCUCCGGGUUCAAAAAUCUCCUGGUUUUCUGGAGUCUUCGUGGGGGAGCUUGCAGAAAAGGAGGCAGCUCUUACAGCCCCCCACCCCUCCCGCCGCAAAAAACAAAACAAACUAUAACCCCAUCGCCCCGCAGGACUAUCGGGCUUUGUGUUUUGCUUUUACAUUCUCAUUCGAAGCGGACAGAAAGACACCCGCUGAUCAAACUGGCGAGCAGUUGAUGACCAGCCACAGUGUCUCUGCUGUGUGCUGUUGCCAUCCGUGGUGCUGCUGGUGUGUACAGAGGGAAGAUGGCAUUCUGGACACAGCUGGGCUUGCUGCUAUGGAAGAAUUUCACCUUCAGGAGAAGGCAAACAUUCCAGCUGCUGAUUGAAAUUGCUUGGCCUUUGUUUAUCUUCUUCAUAUUGAUCUCUGUACGGCUGUCCUAUCCACCCUAUGAACAACAUGAAUGUCAUUUUCCAAACAAGGCCAUGCCUUCAGCUGGAACAUUGCCCUGGGUCCAGGGGAUUAUCUGUAAUGCCAACAAUCCUUGCUUCCGCUACCCUACACCUGGGGAAUCACCGGGCAUUGUUGGAAACUUUAACAAAUCUAUUGUUUCCCGCCUGUUCUCUGAUGCCAAGCGAUUGCUGCUGUAUAGCCAGAAAGACAACAGCAUCAAGGAUGCACAGAAAGUUGUGGGGAAACUACAGAAAGUUGGGAAAUCUAUUUCAGGUGUGAAAGUCCGGGAUUUCCUGGUGGUCAAUGAGACAUUCUCUGACUUUCUCCAUCACAAUGCUUCCCUACCAAAGUUUGUUGUAGAUGAAAUCAUGAAUGCUCAGGUCAACCUCCAACAGGUCAUUACGUCCGGCUACCAGAUAAGCAUGAAAGACCUUUGCAAUUCAACCAAGCUGUCAGAGUUUGUCACCAUCCAAAACCCAGUGGUAGAUGUGCUCAGCAGUGCCUUGAUUUGCUCCAUUCCUAAGGAAAAACUUGCUGCUGCAGAGAGAGUGUUUCAAGAUAAUCUAGAUGUCAUGAAGCCAAUUAUGAAAGGGAUCAUCUCCAACUCUACUCUGCAAGAUCUCAAGGGAACCAUGGAGACUUUUAUGGAGAGCCUUGGGAAGCUCUUUACGGAGCUAGAGAGCAUGAAAAGCUGGAGCGACAUGAGGCAGGAGGUGAUGUUCCUGACCAAUGUGAAUGCCACAAGUUCUUCUACUGAAAUUUACCAGGCAGUAUCCCGAAUAGUUUGUGGUCAUCCUGAAGGUGGGGGAUUGCAGAUUAAAUCUCUAAACUGGUAUGAAGACAACAAUUACAAAGCUCUCUUUGGAGGCAACAACAGUGAAGAAGAUGCGGCUGGUUUCUAUGACAACUCCACAACACCCUACUGUAAUGACCUAAUGAAGAAUCUGGAAUCCAGCCCAUAUUCCAGGAUUAUAUGGAGAGCUCUGAAACCUUUGCUUAUUGGGAAGGUCUUGUACACCCCUGACACACCAGCAACAAGGGUAAUCAUGUCUGAGGUAAACAAGACAUUCCAGGAGCUAGGUGUCUUCCGUGAUCUCGGAGGGAUGUGGGAAGAGAUAAGACCAAAGAUAAGAACCUUCAUGGAGAAAAGCCAGGAAAUGGAUCUAGUUCGGACAUUGCUGAAGAACAAGCUCCUUUGGAAACACCACUUAAUGGGUUCAAGCUGGACCAUUGAAAAUGUCUCCCUCUUUUUGGCAAAGUACCCAGAAGAUGUUCACCCAGUGAAUGGCUCAACCUACACCUGGAGGGAUGCUUUCAAUGAAACUGACCAUGCUGUUCUGUUUAUUUCCCGCUUCAUGGAAUGUGUCAAUUUGGACAAACUGGAAGCCAUGCCUAGUGAGGUGCGGCUUAUCAACAAGUCCAUGGAGCUGCUAGAUCAGAGGAGGUUUUGGGCAGGCAUCGUUUUCCCUGAAAUUGCUCCUAGCAGUGUGGAGUUGCCUCAUCAUGUCAAGUACAAAAUAAGGAUGGACAUAGACAGUGUGGAGAGGACAAACAAAAUUAAGGAUGGGUACUGGGACCCAGGGCCUCGAGCGGAUCCUUUUGAUGACAUGCGCUAUAUCUGGGGAGGCUUUGCUUACUUGCAGGAUGUGAUAGAGCAGGCAGUCAUCCGGGUUCUGACAGGCUCUGAGAAGAAAACUGGUGUCUAUGUUCAGCAGAUGCCCUAUCCUUGUUACGUGGAUGACAUAUUCCUGCGUGUCAUGAGCCGAUCAAUGCCCCUCUUCAUGACUCUGGCUUGGAUCUACUCUGUGGCUGUGAUCAUCAAGGGUAUUGUCUACGAAAAGGAAGCCCGUCUGAAAGAGACCAUGAGGAUCAUGGGACUUGACAACAGCAUCCUCUGGCUUAGCUGGUUCAUUAGCAGCUUCAUUCCCCUACUCAUGAGUGCAGGGCUCCUGACACUGAUCCUCAAGAAAGGAAACUUGCUGCCCUACACUGACCCCAGCGUGGUGUUUGUCUACCUGUCUAUCUUUGGGGUGGUGACCAUCAUGCAGUGCUUCCUCAUCAGCACCUUAUUCUCAAGAGCCAACUUGGCAGCAGCUUGUGGGGGGAUCAUCUACUUUACUCUCUACUUGCCUUAUGUGUUGUGUGUUGCCUGGCAGGACUACAUUAGCUUCUCUGUCAAAAUGUUUGUGAGCCUGCUUUCUCCUGUAGCCUUUGGGUUUGGCUGCGAGUACUUUUCCCUGUUUGAAGAGCAGGGAGUUGGGGUGCAGUGGGACAACAUACUGGGAAGCCCUUUGGAAGAAGACAGCUUCAACCUGACCACUUCUGUGUACAUGAUGCUGUUUGAUAGUUUGCUGUAUGGGAUUAUGACUUGGUACAUUGAGUCUGUCUGUCCAGGCCAAUAUGGCAUUCCCAGACCCUGGUAUUUUCCCUUUAUGAAGUCCUAUUGGUGUGGUGAGGAAUCCGGGGAGCGACAGCUCCCUUCUCUUCACAUGAAAUCAUCUGAAAUCUGCAUGGAAGAAGAGCCAAGUCAUCUUUGCCUUGGGGUAUCCAUCCAGAGCCUGGUGAAGGUUUACCGUGAUGACAAGAAACUGGCUGUAGAUGGCCUUACACUGAAUUUCUAUGAAGGGCAAAUUACCUCCUUCCUGGGACACAAUGGAGCUGGGAAAACUACCACAAUGUCCAUCCUCACUGGGUUAUUUCCCCCAACUUCGGGCACAGCCUUCAUUCUGGGCAAAGAUAUCCGUUCUGAACUCAGCACCAUUCGGCAGAAUCUGGGUGUCUGUCCUCAGCACAAUGUCCUGUUUGAUGAGCUGACAGUGGAGGAGCAUAUCUGGUUUUAUGCACGUCUGAAGGGACUGUCGGAAAAGCUGGUGAAAAAGGAAAUGGAGAAGAUGGCCAUAGACGUUGGUUUGCCUCAUAAACUCAAAUCGAAGACAAGUAAACUCUCUGGUGGUAUGCAGAGAAAGCUUUCAGUAGCUUUGGCCUUUGUAGGUGGCUCUAAAGUUGUCAUUCUGGAUGAGCCAACGGCUGGUGUCGAUCCUUAUUCUCGCAGAGGGAUCUGGGAGCUGCUUUUGAAAUAUCGCCAAGGCCGCACCAUCAUUCUCUCCACACACCACAUGGACGAGGCAGACAUCCUCGGAGACCGAAUUGCCAUAAUAUCUCAUGGCAAACUAUGCUGUGUUGGCUCGUCACUAUUCCUGAAGAACCAGUUGGGGACCGGCUAUUAUCUGACCUUAGUCAAGAAGGAUGUGGAUUCCUCACUGAGCUCCUGCAGGAACAGCAGCAGCACUGUGUCUUACCUGAAAAAGGAUGACAGCGUGUCUCAGAGUAGCUCUGAUGCUGGACUUGGCAGUGACCAUGAAAGUGACACCCUGACAAUAGAUGUGUCUGCAAUUUCUAAUCUCAUCAAGAAGCAUGUCCCUGAAGCAAGGCUGGUGGAAGAUAUUGGCCAUGAGUUAACUUACAUUUUGCCAUAUGAAGCAGCUAAAGAGGGAGCUUUUGUGGAGUUGUUUCAUGAGAUCGAUGACCGCCUCUCUGACCUGGGUAUUUCCAGCUAUGGCAUUUCUGAGACUACUCUGGAGGAGAUAUUUCUCAAAGUAGCAGAGGAUCAUGGUGUGGAUACAGAGACAUCAGAUGGCACAUUACCAGCCAGAAGAAACCGGGUCUUUGGAGACAGGCAAAGCUGCCUUCGUCCAUUCACAGAAGAUGAUGCUUUUGAUCCCAGUGAUUCUGACAUAGACCCAGAAUCCCGAGAGACUGACCUGCUGAGUGGGAUAGAUGGCAAAGGAUCCAGCCAGAUUAAGGGCUGGAAGCUGACCCAGCAACAGUUUGUGGCUCUGCUUUGGAAGAGACUGCUUAUUGCCAAACGUAGCAGAAAAGGUUUUUUUGCCCAGAUUGUCCUCCCAGCUGUCUUUGUUUGCAUUGCUCUCGUGUUCAGUUUGAUUGUGCCUCCCUUUGGUAAAUAUCCCAGCUUGGAAUUACAACCAUGGAUGUAUGAUGAGCAGUACACAUUUAUCAGCAAUGAUGCUCCAGAAGACAUUGACACCCAAAAGCUUUUGAAUGCUCUCCUGAACCAACCUGGUUUUGGGACCCGCUGCAUGGAAGGAUACUCCAUUCUAGAUACUCCUUGCUCUUUGGGGGAAGACGACUGGAGCACCGCUCCUGUGCCCAAGACAGUCAUGGCAAUCUUCCAGAAUGGCAACUGGACUAUGGAGAACCCCUCCCCAUCUUGCAUAUGUAGCAAUGAGAAGAUUAAGAAGAUGCUUCCUUUGUGCCCUCCAGGGGCUGGUGGCCUGCCUCCUCCCCAGAGAAUGCAGAACACCACAGACACCCUGCAAAACCUGACAGGCCGCAACAUUUCUGAUUACCUGGUGAAGACUUAUGCACAGAUAAUUGGUAAAAGUUUGAAGAAUAAGCUCUGGGUGAAUGAAUUCAGGUAUGGUGGCUUUUCAUUGGGAGCCAGCAGCUCCCUUGUGCUUCCCCGACGUGGAGAAAUUAAUGAUGCCAUUAAGCAAGUGAAGAAAAUCUUGGAAAUAGCUAAGGGGAGCUCUGGAGAACGCUUCCUUAAUAGCCUAGCGAGCUUCAUGGAGGGCAUGGACGCAAACGAUAACGUAAAGGUGUGGUUCAACAACAAAGGCUGGCACGCAGUUGGCUCCUUUCUCAAUGUGAUCAACAAUGCCAUUCUCCGGUCCAACCUGCAAGAUGGAGAAAAUCCCAGCACCUAUGGCAUCACAGCCUACAACCAUCCCCUGAACCUCACCAAGCAGCAGCUCUCUGAAGUUGCCUUGAUGACCACGUCAGUGGAUGUUUUGGUCUCCAUCUGCGUCAUCUUUGCCAUGUCCUUUGUUCCGGCCAGCUUUGUGGUUUUCUUGAUCCAGGAUCGAGUCUCCAAGGCCAAGCACCUGCAGUUCAUUAGUGGUGUGAAGCCAGUUAUCUACUGGCUGGCCAACUUUGUAUGGGAUAUGUGUAACUAUGUGGUUCCAGCCACCUUGGUCAUUAUUAUCUUCAUCUGCUUCCAGCAGAAAUCCUACGUGUCCUCAACUAAUCUUCCAGUCUUGGCUCUUCUCCUCUUGCUCUAUGGGUGGUCCAUAACUCCUCUCAUGUACCCAGCAUCCUUUGUGUUCAAGAUCCCUAGCACAGCAUAUGUAGUGCUCACCAGUGUGAACCUCUUCAUUGGCAUUAACGGGAGUGUUGCCACGUUUGUCCUUGAGCUUUUCACCAACAAUAAGCUGAACAACAUCAAUGACAUCUUGAAGUCAGUGUUCCUCAUCUUCCCCCAUUUCUGUCUGGGCCGUGGCCUGAUUGACAUGGUGAAAAAUCAAGCUAUGGCAGAUGCCCUAGAAAGAUUUGGUGAGAACCGUUUUGUCUCCCCUCUCUCCUGGGAUCUGGUGGGACGGAACCUUUUUGCCAUGGCUGUAGAAGGCGCUGUCUUCUUUCUCAUCACUGUGCUUAUCCAGUACCGGUUCUUCAUCAAAUCCAGGCCUGUCAGUGCUAAGCUUCCACCUGUGAAUGAAGAGGAUGAGGAUGUGAACAGAGAAAGGCAGAGGAUCCUUGGUGGCGGUGGGCAGAGUGAUAUCUUAGAAAUCAAAGAAUUAACUAAGAUAUAUAGAAUGAAACGAAAGCCUGCUGUGGAUAGGAUCUGUGUCGGAAUUCCACCUGGAGAGUGUUUUGGCCUCCUGGGUGUGAAUGGUGCUGGCAAGUCUUCCACUUUCAAGAUGUUGACUGGAGACACCGAUGUUACAGGAGGGGAUGCUUUUCUUAAGGGCAACAGUAUUUUGUCUAACAUCCAAGAAGUCCACCAGAACAUGGGAUAUUGUCCUCAGUUUGAUGCUAUAAAUGAGCUGCUGACUGGGAGAGAGCAUCUGGAAUUGUUUGCACUCUUAAGAGGAGUCCCUGAGAAAGAAGUCUACAAGGUUGGUGAAUGGGCUGUUCGUAAAUUGGGCCUCAUAAAGUAUGCAGAAAGAUAUGCUGGCACCUACAGUGGUGGGAACAAGCGCAAACUGUCCACUGCAAUGGCCCUAAUUGGGGGGCCUCCUGUGGUGUUCCUGGAUGAGCCGACCACAGGAAUGGAUCCCAAGGCACGGCGUUUCCUUUGGAACUGUGCCUUAAGCAUCAUCAAGGAGGGAAGGUCUGUGGUUCUUACAUCUCACAGCAUGGAAGAAUGUGAGGCCCUGUGCACUCGAAUGGCAAUCAUGGUCAAUGGGCGGUUCAGGUGCCUUGGCAGCGUCCAGCACCUGAAGAACAGGUUUGGAGAUGGCUAUACAAUAAUAGUGCGAAUAGCAGGGACAAACCCUGACUUGAAACCUGUUCAAGACUUCUUUGCGCUUGCCUUUCCGGGCAGUGUGCUGAAGGAGAAGCAUCGCAACAUGCUACAGUAUCAGCUCCCAUCCUCUCUGUCUUCUCUGGCAAGGAUAUUUAGCAUCCUCUCCCAAAACAAAAAGAGGCUCCAUAUGGAAGACUACUCCGUUUCUCAGACCACACUUGACCAAGUAUUUGUAAACUUUGCCAAGGACCAAAGUGAUGACGACCACACAAAGGACUUGUCGUUGCACAAAAACCAGACUGUUGUAGAUGUUGCAGUUCUGACUUCUUUUUUGAAAGAUGAAAAGGUGAAAGAAAGCUAUGUAUGAGCAACCCUUGUGGAAAGGAUGCAACAGUAGUACUGAGCAGAAGCAGGGGAAGAGAGUCCUCCUUUCUGUGCAAUAGUGGGGAGAUCUCCCCAUGAGCAAAGAGGCAGAAGAUACAGAGAGGAAAACAAGAAAACUGAACAUUUUUACUUGUAACCAUUCAAUGCAAUGCAACUCAAUGCAAUGAAAACAAUAUUCCAUUACAGAGGCAGUGCCUCUUGGAGAUGUUGCCUUGUUGUACUGUUCUCUAGCAAAAGACUUGAAUCUAGUUAUUCUUAUGUUAUAACUCUGUGAAAUUCUAGUAUGGCGCCACUUCCUGCUCUGUGGUCUUCUGCCAUACUCCUACUUGUUUCUACUAAGCAGGUUUUCGUUUAGGGGUUGUGCAACUGCUCAGAGGAUUCUUGGCUAGUGAUUAUUUAUUUGUCAUUUUAAGGCAUGCAUUGCCCUUCUACAGGGUGAGUGGAAUUGUUUGGUGCUACAUCCAUUGCUGGCAAUGAAUGUACCAGCGUAACCAGUGCCAAGUAGUUACCGCACAAUGCAUUGCUGUGGCCUUAUUUAAGUAUUAUCUGAUGGGCCUGCUUAACCUACAGAAGUUUAAGGGGACUGGUGUAAACAUCAUUGGUGGUCUUAACAGUGGGUCACAAAGCAUACCAUCUAAAAUAUGCAUAAUGAAAAAAUAAUUGUUUCUUAUUGAGGUGUGGCAGAAUAAACUAUAAAUCAUAAAAACAUUUAAGAGGAUUUCUAUCCCAAUGGUAUGGUGACCAAUCUUCCACUCUGCUUUUGUGAAGUUUUUGUUCUUGUCAGCUUUUAUUAAGAAUCAUGUCUGAUGUCUUUUUUUUCUCUUUUGCACCAGUAUUAUUUAUAUGUGAGUCAGCAAUUUCUGUGGAGGUAUGGGCAUGCUGUCCCAACCUCUAUGUCCCAAAGUAUCAGAUCACUUUAGUAUUGUCUAUAUUACACUGUGUCCAGAAUCUAGGUAAACUUAGCAUCAUUUCUGCAAACUUUUAACAUUUUUCUAGUCUAGCAAUCACUUCUCCUUUUUCACUUACCAUAAAAUGUACUGCAUUAUGUUUUCCUACAUAAGUCAAACCAUAGGAUGGCCACCUUUUAUCAUGCGCUGCAGAUAUUGCUCCUACCCAUUUCUUUUGUAGUCCUAUCAUCUACCCUGUCCCUCACUUACUGUAUGGCACACUUCUUGACUGAUCUCCUGCUACAGCUAGAGCUUGAAGGCAAACAGCCAGUUUAAGGGUAGGAGUAGCAAUCCCAGGCAAAAGAUCACUAGGUUGAUUAAAAAAAUAUGAUGAACGCUCAACUUUUAAGGAUAACUUGCAAAACAAUUGCUCAUUUGGGAAGCAACUUCAAGGUUUUAUGGUUAAGUAGGUGCUUUUACACAAAGUUGGCUGGGAUUGUAUCACUGGACUAUCUUUAUUAAAACAUACAUAUAUAUGUGGGUUUACCAAACAUCUUCAAGCCUGCUAUUUAAGGAGUCGCUAUGUUCAUAUCCCAUCAUAAUGGUACAGUACAGAAAAGGCUAGUUAAGGCUACUAAGUUCUUUGGAAAUAAAUGGGACAGGAAUCGAUCCUGUGCAUGCUUAUUUAGAAAAUAUGUCAUGUUUGAGUGCCCAUACAAUCACAGCCUUAGUUGAAUAUGACCAAAAGCCUCUUACUACCUUUCCCAUCCCUUUCCACCCCAACCACGGCUUGCAAAAUGUCCUUGGGAUACAUACAUCUCAAUGCAGGUGCUUAUCUUUUUCCACAGCGAUAUUAUGGCUAAUUAGUACUCAAUCACAAUGGUCAACCUAUCCUGGUAUAAGAUAAAUAUUAUUAAUUUAUUAUUUAAGAUGUAUUUGCAACCCUGCCCAAGCAAGACACAAUAUAAACAGAAGGCAAGGUCUUCACAGUGUAAUCAUCUACAUGUCUACUCAAAAGUCAAUUUCAUUUUAGUUCAGUGGUGGUUAUUCCCAUGUAAAUGGGUAAAGGGUUGCAGCCUAAGGCUGCGAUCCUAGGCAAUCUUACCUGGCGGUUAGAAGCAAGAAAAUAGAGGCUUAGAGGAUUGCACUGUAAAUCCUAAUGUUUGCAGCAAGAGCAAUUUAAGCACAGGCUUAAUUGUUCCAUUAGAAACAAAGGUUCUUAGCAGUGCUUCCUGGCAAGAGAAGGGCUCCACACUAGCUUUGAUCUUACACUGAACACUGUGUUAUAGGGCAGUUGCCUCAAAGUCAUUUUAUGCAAGUUUUCCUUUUGUGUUGGAUGUGGGUUAGCCAAACUUAUCCUCAGUGCUACACCUAUUAUGAUAUAAAACCACUGACAUGGAACUGUGUUAAGAACAUCUAGCACUUCAGUAUGUAUGUAGUGAAGUUGUUGCAUCCCUCUGCAGUAUUUGUAGUGCUGUAGAGGCACUUUCCUAUAAAUUCUUACAGAAGUAAUACUUAAGGGUAAACCUGUGUUACCGUGGCUUUCCUUCUACCCCAGUUUCAGACUCCUCUCACUUUAAUACGAUUGGUCCUUCAUUCCAAGCACUUUAUGCUAGCUAUAAUGGGAUCUAUUUUUGCAUUGGAAUACCGUUAACUUUGCAAAAAUCUAGAGCAGUUUCACACAUACACCUAUUAAGUUGAUCUCUCAAUGGACAUUUUCAUGAAAAAAAUAUCUAUAUUUGUAUUGCUAAUAACUAUUUGUGAAAUAUUAAUAGGCAUUUGUUAAUUGCCUUGUAUCAAGCAUAAAAAAAAUAAAAUGUUGCUGGUCUACAA